AUGGAGAUGACGAAGUUGAAGUUAAUGACCGUAAGAAACGAGCCCCAGAGAAUUCUGCCACUGUCGGUCCACAACCAGGUGCCCAGCAAGGUUCAGGUACUCUGUCAGAAUCUCAAUCAAGUUCAGGUUCUCAGCAAGGUUCAGGUUCUAAGUCGGAAUCUUCAAAAGAUGCUUUGUCAGGAUCUCAAUCAGGUUCAGGUUUUCAGCAAGACACCCAGUCAGGAUCUCAAACAAACUCACAGUCAGGAUCUCACACAAGUCCAGGUUUUCAGCAAGGUUCAGGUUCUGAACAAGGCAGCCGGCUUGGACCUCUGCAAAACUUAA